ACAUGCAGUUAGUAGUGGGUGUGGCCACAAGAGAGACAGGCAGACAGGCAAACAGACAGACAGGUCAUAGCACAUGAAUUGAAACAAAAGUUUGAGGAAGAAGCAUGUUGCCUGACGAUCACUACAUCCAGACACAGAGCUGAAGGGGGCAACUUUGCACGUUGACUCAAGUUCCAGGUCGUACGAAAAAAGAGCCAGGAUAGAAAAACAUUAGCAGCUGUUCCAGAGCAUCAGCAUUACAGCACUGCAAGAUCGACAGGGAGAGGGAGCAGGCAACAGAGGAAGACGCAGAGAGAAAGAGAGAGAGGGGGCAGAAGACCAGAAGACAGAGGAGAGGCUGCUUUUGUUCAAACGUGCUGCUGAUCACUCUGAGAGGCUUCCUUUGUCCACACCAUGGGGAAGUCAGCCUCGAAGCAGUUUGCUCAGGAGGUCCUGCAGUGCCACAAUGAGUACAGGGGGAAGCACCAGGCUCCACCGCUGAAGCUGAGCCACAAGUUGAGCAGAGAGGCUGCCCGUUAUGCUGAAAGUCUGGCCAGCACGAGGAUCCUGAAACACAGUGUGGAAUCCAGUAGAGGGAGUUGUGGAGAGAAUCUGGCAUGGGCAUCCUAUGACCAAUCAGGGAAGGAUGUGGCAGACCGCUGGUAUGAAGAAGUCAAACAGUACAAUUUCAGCCGCCCUGGAUUCUCUUCUGGAACUGGCCAUUUCACAGCAAUGGUGUGGAAGAGCAGUAAAAAGCUGGGUGUGGGUAAGGCCACUGCAUCGGACGGCUCUUCCUUCGUGGUAGCGAGAUACUUCCCAGCUGGGAACAUCACCAACCAGGGACACUUUGAAAACAACAUUCUGCCGGCGAAAACCACUCCAUAAAGAUGACAAGAUCCCCAAGACUUGACUCAAGCCGAAAGGCGUUUAUUCCUUUCUCACAGAGGGAUGUUAUCUGCCUGCACUGCUGUGGAGAACACUCAGGAGAGCACCAAUUUCUUGCCCAGUACAAACCAAGAUUACAGUCUGGUACGAAAUGCGCUUGGGCAUUGAGUUAAGUGUAUGAUACAGCAUUUGAAAUGAAGUGGUACUCUUUGACAUUGCUAACAACAUGUGCAGUGACCAUGUAGGUUGUGUAAACUCGAUGGUCAUUUACACUGGCUGUGACAGUAUUUCAUUAAUUCAUUCCAGUACUUUUACAUUUUAUUACACAUUUAAAUAUACCAUGAUCUCACAUCUGUGUCUGUGUAAGAAUGCAAACUAAUUCAGUCAAAAUGCAGAGAACUCACGUUUACAUGUGGAGUCAUUGUAAUUUGAAGCUGAUGACUCAACCUUCUUGGUAUGUGUUUGUGAUUUUGCCACUUGUCAAAACAACCCCCCCAUGCCCAUCCGAAGGUGUGUAUUUUUUUACUCUAAUCAAUUUUGUACAAUAAAUUGACAUUUGUCCAUGCAUGUAACUGAA